AUUUGGUGGCAGGAACCUUCUAGGCUGACUAAUCCUAGAGAACAAGAAAGAGGAUCCCCUUGAGAACAUGACUAGUUCAGAUGCCCGAAUUUUCAUCAUUUUUGUUUUGUCUGGCAUACCCUUUAGUUAUCGGUGAUUGCCUUCAUUCCAGUGAAGUUUAUGGUAGAUAUCUAGUAGUAGAUGCUAAAUCCAUGCAUUUGACCAUGCACAUUUCUUCCUGGGAAGAGGAGACGUGAUGAACAUUGAAGUUAAAAAUGUUUCUUAUACCCAAGCAACCAUCUCCUGGUCUACACAAGAGUCCUGCGUGAAGAACGAUUAUCAUGUUGUGUACAGGCCCAACUGGAACAGCAUCUUCUCAGGCUACCCACGUCACCCCUUUCACCAUGAAGAAAAGGUCCCUGGAACCCUCAACUCCUUGGUCCUUCGCCAACUUGCUCCAUCCACCGUCUACUUUCUGUGUAUCACCUGCCAGAAUUCCUACCCCUCCAGCAGCCACUGCACUUUGUUCCAUACCCUGGAUAGGAGCUCCAAGGCUACUCAUGGCUCCCAGCUGGAUCCUGGUGUGUCUCUUUGGAUGGUCACAGCUCUUCUCCUUGCCUGCUUUGUGGCCAUCUUAGCCUUCUUCUGUCUCCAGUUCUGGUGUCUGAGGUGCCAUGAACCAAGAUGGGCAUACUGCUCAGACCAGCAAGAGGAAGUCAAUGAGUUGGUGAGGUGGGCUGAUGGGGCUCCAGGCCUUGGGCAGAGGGAGGAAGAUCUGCAGGGGUUCCCCAUGACAGCACUACUGACCAAGAGCUCUAGUGGUAUGACUGAGAGCUCCCACAGUUCUCCCUCUGCCUGCUUCUCCCCCAAGGGGACUCAUGAUAUCUCCUCAUCUUGGACCAUGAAUGAUGAAUGGUUAAAAAGAGAUGUGUCAACAGAACAGGGUCCAUUUCAUGAUACAAAAGAUGUGCCUAAGUAAUAUUGGUUGGUUUGAUUUUUUUCUCCUUUGUUAAAAAAAAUUCCUUUUUCUUUUCCCCUGUACCAGGGAUGGCACAGUUUAGGGUUUGUGUAAAAGUCCAGGGAUACACACACACACACACACACACACACACACACACACACACACACACACACACACACACACACAUAUUCGUACAUACAUACACAUAUGUAUGUGUGUGUUAGCAAAAGUCAAAUGGGCCACACAAAGUCCCCAUAUCCUUAGGUACCCUUUAUUUUUUAAUCUUCAAAAAUUAUUUAAUUAAUUAAGACUAUUUUCCCAUAGUUACAUGAUUUAUGUUCUUUCCCUCCCUUCCCUUUCCCCCCUCCCAUAACCAACGUACAAUUCCACUGGGUUUUACAUGUGUCAUGAUUUACAUGAUCAAGAUUAGGUACCCUUUAGAUAGAUUCUUUCACUUCAUCUCAAGUGCAACACAUACAUUUCCUACACUGCAUUCUAGAAAGGGAAGAGAUAGGAGUGUCAUAAAACCUUUGAAUCAGAAGGUAAUUUAUAGAUUAUUUAGUCCAACCACCCUACUGCCUGCCAUUUUACAUUAGAGCAGAUGAAAUCAGAGAUUGUAUGAAUUUAGGCAAUGGUAGAAACAAGAUUGGUCUUGAAUUUAAAAGACCUAGGUCUGAGUUCCAGUACCAACACUUAUUAUGUGGCCAGAGACAAGUCAAUUAAUCUGUGAUCUUCAUUUCCUCCUUUAUAAAAUAAAGAUAGUAAUGUUUGUACUAGAGAGAAAGGGUGGCAACCCUGACAAUGAGCUGGCUUGUGAGUCAGGGAAGAUCUGAGUUCAAGUCUCACCUUGGACCCACACUGGCUAUAUCAUCCUGGGUAAGUGACUUAAACUCUCAAUAUCCAGUAGAUCCUUUUGUUUUUUUUUUUUUUCCAAACUAAAAGUUGAGGGAAAACUGUUGAUCCACAUUGGUGGAAGAAGCUUUUUUAUGAGAAGCACCCAAUACCAAAGAAAUCAUGAAUUCAGUCAAAAACAAAAGCAAACAGAAAUCUUUGUACUCUAUUUCACAAACCUGGUGAGAGGAAAGGACUUAGUAAGUUUUUAAGAAUGAGAUAAGCAUGGGUUAUCAUUCAUUGUUGCCCAAGAUCACAUAAUCACUUUCCACUAUGGGUUAUUUCUGUGAGUUCCAAGUCUCAAGUUGGAUGCUUGAAAAGGAUGUUGAGGUUAAUAGUGACAGAUUUUAAUUCAGCUGGAAGGAAAUUAUUCUUGAAUUUUGGUGGGGUUUACUAGAAUUAUAAUCUCCUUAAUAAGUGAAAUGUUAGCUUUUUUGUCUCUCCUGUUACAACAUUCCCCUGAUAAGAAAGUGCUGAGUUCUCAGAAUCAGUGAAUGUGUGCUGAUGCUGGACAGAAAAGAAUAUGGCGGCCUUAGGCUAAAACCCAACUGGGCUCCUUGUGCAUGUGAAUAUAAAUAGCAGGAAGGGAAAAGCUCUGGUUAUAUCAGUGUGAGACAAGAGAUUGCUAGCCCAUAAGUCUGAAGCCGGAGAGCAAAGACAGAUGUCUCUCACAUCCCCCAUCCCCACCACCAUUCAUCCUUUCCCUCAAUUCCCAUGCCAUCUGACAGGGCAGAGUCACAGGACCAUAUGAACACCUUAUAGUUCGUUUACCAAGAAGGAAGCACAGGGGGAACCCAGCUGAGAGAGAGUCCCUGCACACCCUCUUCCCAUCCUCCAACCCCUCCCUGAUACUCAGUAUGUGACCAGGAUAUAACCAAAUACCAUGUCUUUUCAUUGCCGCUUGCGACCCAGAUUUUCAGCCUGAAUAAAGUUGACUUUUCAAAGAA